UCAUCUCUUCAGCAAAACACAACAACCUUUUGAAAUGUACUUCUUUGGAGUGUUUUUGCUUUUGGUUGGCACCCACAUCUGCUUGAUUGAUGCGAACUUUGGAAAUAGCGAAGGAAACGACUAUACUUAUGGAACCCAGGCUUCGACCGAUACCCUAAUCGCUAGUGAGACCGUAACGAAAAGCAAGACACUUUUUGGUACCUCUACGAAAACCUAUACCCUAACGCAAGCGGGAACGGCAAAGACAAUCACGUACAUCAAAAUCACGGAUCUGAAGAGAAUGCGAGGUGCUACGGCCGAAAUUACUUCUGGCGGUGUGGGUUCCACCACUGUCACCAUCAAAUUCACUUCAGCCCGAAAUGCUGAUAUCAAGUCCCAAGUGGUGAUAUAUGGAUCAUAAUUCUGUACGAAUUAU